UUUAUGCUUUAAUUUCAUAACGAGGCGAAGAGGAAUGAGAAUGUCCUCCAUUUUUCAACAGAACUUUGCAUCUUCAUCUCUCUGUCUCUCCAAGAAUGCUUCAUCUUUAUCCUUACUAGGUUUUCUCUCCUUUGUUGGUUUUCAUUUACGUCUACUGAGUACAGCCACUGAACAUAACCUCUCACAAGUCCUUCACUUUGUGUUAUCAGUUCAUAGGGCACCAUUAUCUUGCUUUUUUCUUUCCUCUUAGAAGAUGGGUUUCUGCAGCUUACCCUUUUGUAGUGUUUAAUUUACACUUACUGCCACUGGACACUCUGUGCAAGUGUGUAUCCCAUGUUACAGCCAAUCUUGUACUGUGAUCCACUGAAGAAGAUAAGUUUCUGCUGUUGAUUUUUUUUACUUUUAUUUAAAAUUUUUAAGCUUCGGUUUUGCUUGUUUGCCUGAGUCACUAAUGGAGCUGAAAUGGGUUCCAGCUGUAGAACACUGUAAGGCUCUUAAAUUAUAUCAACUGCCGCUAUUGAUUUUGGUACUUUUAUGUUCAUACCAAUCUCAUUCCGUUGUUCUUAAUCCUAAAGACAAGGCUUCACUUGUACUAUUCGGGUCAUGGGUUCAAGACCCAAACCAUUACUUGGCCACCUGGAUUGGGUCUAACUGCACAAAAUGGACUGGAAUUGGCUGCCAGAAUCAGACAGGCAGGGUCAUUUCCUUAAACCUGACCAACAUGAAUUUGUCAGGUCAUAUCCAUCCUAAUUUGUGCAAAAUUGCGUCUCUUGAGUCCUUGGUUUUGUCUGAGAACAGCUUCACUGGUCAAAUCCCAAUGUGCUUAGGUUGGUUGCACAAUCUCAGAAGCCUUGAUCUUAGUCACAAUAAGUUUGUUGGUCUUGUUCCAAACACCUUCAUGAGGCUUGGGCAGCUGAGAGAGCUUGUUUUGAAUAGCAACCAUGAUUUGGGAGGUAUCCUUCCGGGUUGGGUUGGAAAUUUUUCGUUAAAUUUAGAAAAACUUGACAUGAGCUUCAAUUCGUUUCAAGGGGAAAUACCUGAAAGCUUGUUUUAUUUGAGUUCUUUGAAGUAUUUGGAUCUUGGAAACAAUAAUUUAUCAGGUGAUCUUCAUGACUUCUAUCAGCCAUUAGUUUUUCUCAAUCUUGGGUCUAAUUUGUUUUCGGGUACUCUGCCUUGUUUUUCUGCUUCUGCAGAGUAUCUCAGUUUUUUGAAUUUAUCUAAUAAUUCUAUUGUGGGGGGUAUUCCUACAUGCAUUUCUUCUCUAAAAAAAUUGACACAUUUAAAUCUGUCAUUUAAUCACAUUGAUUAUGCACUAUCUCCAAGACUAGUUUUUUCAGAGGAGCUUCUUGUGUUGGACUUGAGUUUCAAUGACUUAUCUGGUCCACUUCCAGCCAAGAUUGCUGAGACUACAGAUAAGUCAGGGCUGGUUCUCCUUGACCUAUCUCACAAUCACUUCUCAGGUGGUAUCCCAUUGAAGAUCACAGAGCUGAAAAGUUUGCAAGCAUUGUUUCUUUCUCACAAUUUUCUUAGUGGGGAAAUUCCAGCAAGGAUUGGAAAUUUGACUUACCUUCAAGUGAUAGAUCUUUCUCAUAACUAUUUGUCGGGAUCAAUUCCUUUAAAUAUUGUUGGGUGCUUUCAGCUACUUGCAUUGGUACUCAAUAAUAAUAAUCUUUCUGGUGAAAUUCAACCAGAACUUGAUGCUCUGGAUAGCUUGAAGAUAUUGGACAUAAGUAACAACAAGAUUUCUGGGGAGAUCCCACUGACUUUGGCAGGCUGUAAAUCACUUGAGAUAGUAGAUUUCAGCUCCAAUGAUCUCUCUGGGAAUUUGAAUGAUGCAAUAACUAAAUGGUCAAACCUCAGGUAUCUCUCCUUGGCUCGGAACAAAUUCAGUGGAAGCCUACCGAGUUGGUUGUUCACAUUUGAAGCAAUCCAAAUGAUGAAUUUCUCUGGCAACAAAUUCUCUGGCUUCAUCCCAGAUGGUAACUUCAACAUUAGCUCAAAUUUCAACAAUGGAAACAUUGUUCAAAGAUUGGCCAUGGAGCCUUUUGAUGUGAUGCGAAACGUGGAGAUAAAAAUAUCAGUGUUGGUCAUUGGUAGUAAUGAAUUAAGCUUCAGCUACCAUCUAUCUUCAGUUGUUGGGAUUGAUUUGUCUGAUAAUUUAUUACAUGGGGAGAUUCCAGAUGGACUAUUUGGACUGCAAGGUUUAGAGUACCUGAAUUUAUCAUACAAUUUUCUUGAUGGUGAGGUUCCAGGUUUGGAGAAGAUGUUGAGUUUGAGGGCAUUGGAUUUGUCACAUAAUUCUUUGUCAGGUCAAGUCCCAGGGAACAUCUCUAUCCUUAAAGGUCUUACACUCCUGAACUUAUCAUACAACAGCUUCUCAGGAAUUGUUCCCAAGAAGGAAGGCUAUCGCAGGUUUCCAGGAGCAUUUGCUGGGAAUCCAGGUUUGUGUUUGGAGUCCUCGGGUGGAGCGUGCAGCACGGCUAGUCUUCCAGCUGUUCCUGGGAAGUCAUCAGAAGAAAUGGAAGGUCCGAUUUCUGUUUGGGUAUUCUGUUUAAGUGCUUUUGUUAGUUUCUAUUUGGGUGUUAUGGUUCUAUUUUGUUCCACUCGAGCGAGAACUUAUAUUCUCCAUUCAAAAGACUAAUCCAGCUUAUGUGAGUUAUGUACAUUCCUGGCCGUGUUGCAGUAGAAAUUUUACUCGUCUCGAGUUAACAUACAUAGAAUCUUGCAACUUGGGAUGCAAAGCUUCUUCUUCUGUGCUAA